UUAUUGUUUUGAAUGUGCAUGCCGUAAUUUGUUAACCACGUUUCUGGUGCAUAACGUGAAAAAAUAAUUGUAUCGCAAAUUAUGGGGGAUCAAGACUUAUUUUUUGAAGAUCGGCAAGGCAAAAUUAAUUCAAAAAAACGGAAGCGAAAGUUUAUGAAUCAAGAAACCAAAAAUGUUUAUAAUUCAGGUGAAGUGGAAACAACCGAGGAACCCCGAAAAAAGCAGUCGAAAUCGCCUUAUAGUAAGGGACCUCGAUCCUAUUCACAUAAUGUAGACAAACGACAUUCAUCGGAGUAUUCUAAGGACGGUAAAUUUUAUUCAUCUCAAAAUCGCAAGAAUGUUGAUAAUCGGAAAAAUGGAAAUUCAUUUCAAAGGAAAAAAUACAAUAAAAAUGACAUCGAUGAUAAUUAUGAGAGUUACAACAAUAAAAAAGCUGAUGCAUUUCAGCCUCCGGAAAAAGAUAAAAAGUUAAUCGAAUUAGUCUCUUAUUAUGAGAAAAUACUACAAACACUGAAAAGUGGUUUAUCUAAAGAAGAUGCUGAAAUAUUCGUUUCUAAUGUUCUUCAAGAAACAGAAGGAUAUGAAGUAAAAUUGUCAUCUCACCGUUUUAGCAGUCAUUGCAUAGAAUUGUUAUUAGCAGUCAGUGAUGAUCCAGCCAUUUCUCGGCAAUUUAUGGUUGCAUUUGCUUUGGAAAAAGAAGAAGUUUGCACUAAUGCAAAUGCUACUCAUAUUACUGAAUUAUUGUUAAAUAUUGCUAUUCGAAAUAUCCAGAACUGGUCCUCUGUUUUAGAACAAAAUGAAGAAACUCCAGAAAAAGAAAAUGUGUCUUAUUUCAUCACAUGGACUUCAGACUUAGCUGAAUUCAUUGUUGAAAAUUUUUGUUCAUGUCUUCAAAACCAAUAUGCUUGCCAUGUAGUUUGUUCAGUUAUCAGAGCACUUGGAGGGGAUAUGAGUUCAGCUACUGACUCCAUGAGCAAAAGAUCUGCAGAACACAAAAAGGAAUUUCGUAAACAGUAUACAGGUGAAUCAGUGUUAGAAGUUAAACAGUAUACUGCACCUGUGGUUCUGGAAAGUAUCCCAAAAUUUUUUUGUAAAUUUUUAAAGAAAAUGUCAAAAGCAUUAUUAAAAAUUGAAGACAUUGUUGAUUAUGUUACUGAGAGUUCUUCUGCCACUGUGAUAGAAACUCUUUUAUGUAUACUGAAAAAACGGCUUCCUAAACAUUGCAAGAAACUCAUUUUAGGCUUAGCUACAAAUGUUUUUUCAGAAAGAGAUAAUAAUGGAAUUCCUAAAGCUUUCACUCACAGAAAUUGUUCCUUUGUGGUAGAAAAAAUGUUUGAAGCUGCAGAUGAAGAGCUACAACAACAUCUAUGGAAUGAAUAUUUUGCUGAUUCCUUAGAAUCUCUUGUUACUCAUUCAGUAGGCAAUUUCAUUAUCCAGAGACUUUUUGAUGUUGUUGAAAGCAAAGCUCAGUUUGAGUUGAUGAAUGAAAAGAUUGGAAGCAUGUUUGACAAAAUUUUGGGCUGCCGCUAUUAUGGGCUGUUUAUUUCAAUAGCAGGAGCUUGUAAUCGUUUGAAAAGCCAACAAGCACAAUUUAUGAAGAAUAUAAUGCAUUGCCUUCAAUGUUUCGAACCAGAAGAGAAGCAGAUUCAAUUGGUUCCAUGUCUUUUAAGCUUCCGGAUAUCAGAUCAAACUGAACCUUUUAUAUGUUUACAAGGUUCACUACUUGUUCAAGCCAUUUUGAAAUUUCAAAAGCCCAUUAAGGUUGUAAAUAGCAUACUUAAUAUGAAACCACAACAGCUUGGAUAUUUAGCUUGUCACAUACAAGGAUGUCAUGUUCUCAAUGCAUUCUUCAGUAGCAGUACUGUUGGAGAAAAAAGCAAAGACAAACUUAUACAAUCUUUGAAGCCAUGUAUAGUAAACAUAGCAUCUGAUAGAAAUGGUAGCCUUACAUUGUCACGUUUGUGGAUGCUUCUUACUAUGAAACAGAAAAGCUCAAUGGCACAAAUUUUAGUACAAGAAGAAAAGACAUUAAAUGGCAAUACUAAUGGAAAUGUUCUCCUGAAGAAAUGUGGUAUCUUCUAUUUUAAAAAGAAUAUAGAAAAAUGGCGAGAAAUUCAAAGUAAACUUUCCCAAUGGGGAAAUUCAAAUAAAAGAAUGUAAAUAAUUUUUUAUAAGAUUGUAAAAAUCUAUUAUUUAAAUAAAAAGAUUAUUUUUACAAUG